CGUACUGAAUAGAAACUUAGCAAAUCAAGAAUCAACUGUCCAGUGGAGGAAAAAGUUCCAAGUCCGACGUUCUGAAUCCUUCCACUGUCGACCACUUUAAACUCUUCAAACCCACAAAAAGAGUUCUUUAAAAAUAAGGACGAAACAAACACGAUGUUGUCUUCUUUGUCACUGCCCAUUAUCAAUGGAGGGCAACUGUCUUCCUCUGGUUUUCGCACUUCUGUUGGUCUCAACUGCUCUCUAUUUUCCAGGUGGGGUUUGCAAAGAGAGCAAGAUGUGAGAUUGUCUCCUCGAAGAACAAGGAGUCAAGCAAUCCGUGUCCUGGCAAAUCCAAAUGUAUCUCCAGAUAAACAGAAGUCAAACAAAGAAGUUGUUAUGGUUGAUCCUUUGGAAGCCAAGAGAUUAGCAGCAAAACAGAUGGAAAAAAUUAAAGCAAAAGAGAAGUUCAAAAAACGUCGUCAAAUUGAAGCAAUCAACGGCGCAUGGGCCAUGAUCGGGCUUACUGCAGGAUUAGUCAUUGAAGGUCACACUGGAAACAGCAUUCUAGCUCAGUUGGCUGGAUACUGGGCUGCUCUUGUUGGUUUCUUCAUGAGAUAGGCACUGGUUUCAACGAACCGUUGAUAUCAACUCUGUCAAGUAGUGUUGACAUUGGAAAUAUGAGAUGCUGUAAAGUAAUGGAUAUAUCAUCCCUCCGUCUCUUUCUUUGUUUCUACUGAAUUCAUGUCCAACGAAUACUAAUGUGAAUAUUGUCACACUGCUCAUUUCUUGAAAUUAAUAGUUAUUGGUGGGAUUCGUUGAAGUUA